AACCAAUCGCGUCAACGUUUGUUGACGUCACCCUCGCGUCCUGCAACUCCACCGCUGAUGCAAGAAAAUUUCGGCCCAACGUGUGGUUCGUGAUAGUGAGAUAAAAAGUAGCCGAUUUUACGUCCACUUUUAAGCCGCAAACAUGUCCGGAGACGAGAUGAUUUUUGAUCCUAAUAUGACCAAGAAAAAGAAGAAGAAGAAGAAGCCUUUCAUGCUGGAUGAAGAAGGUGGAGAGGGCGUAGGAGGGGUUGGAGGAGGAGAGGAGACUAAAGAGGUUGAGACGAAGGAGGCAGAACCAGAGGUUGGAGAAGAUAAGGAGGUGGAUAUGGAUGAAGAUGAAGGCAGAAAGAAAGAAACAUCUGAUGAUCUAAAUGACCUCAACUUCUUCAACCAGAAGAAAAAAAAGAAGAAACCCAAAAAAGUAUUUGAAAAUGAGAUUGAAGAAGGAAUAAAGGAGCUUAAAAUUGAAGGGGAACAGACAGAGGCAUUAGAGGAGGACAACCUGGAUCUGAUGCUUCCUACCAAAAAGAAAAAAACUAAGAAGGUUGAUUUUGACGAGGGAGAGACAUUGGAGAAGGAUGAGGCGCUAGAAGACGAUGACGGAAAGAACAAUGAUGGAAUCUCAUUUAGUUCAUCCACGGGACCAGCUUGGGCCGGCACAGAAAGGGACUACACCUUUGAUGAGCUCCUGAACAGAGUCUUCAACAUCAUGAGGGAGAAGAACCCAGACAUGGUAGCUGGAGAGAAGAGGAAAUUUGUGAUGAAGCCUCCGCAGGUGGUCCGAGUGGGAACCAAGAAAACUUCCUUUGUCAACUUCACAGACAUCUGCAAACUUUUGCAUCGUCAACCCAAACAUCUUCUUGCGUUCCUGUUGGCUGAGUUGGGUACAAGUGGCUCCAUAGACGGAAACAACCAGCUCGUCAUUAAAGGCAGAUUUCAACAGAAACAAAUAGAAAAUGUGUUGAGAAGAUAUAUCAAGGAAUACGUGACGUGUCACACCUGCCGCUCUCCAGACACUAUCCUGCAGAAAGACACUCGUCUCUACUUCUUGCAGUGUGAGACCUGUCACUCUCGCUGCUCAGUCGCCAGCAUCAAGACCGGUUUCCAGGCUGUGACGGGCAAGAGGGCGCAGCUUCGCGCCAAAGCCAACUGAAGACCGUGGAUACCGCACUCCCCCCUCCUCUCUCGGUAUCCCCCUUUUCUCAGAAAGGUUGAUGCGGGGAUCGGAUGCCCCCCCUUGAUUUGCUAAAAGGACUCUCUGAAGCGAACUGCAGGAGGGUUUGGCUGUUGUUUAGUUGUCGUGGCCUGACCAGGCAGGGAGUGAGAGAGUGUCUACAGCUGACAGAUGGGAUUCAAGCACCAUGGGCAGAUGAUGUGUACCACAUACACUCUUGGAUUUGAUUUGUUUAGCUGAUCAACCCUCCAAAUCCUUUAGGUUUUUUUCUUUUCUUCAUUUGCUCUGAUUCUUGAUUCUUGUAAACAGUCUAUUUUAACGUGGCUUGAAUCCUUCAUUUCUUCUUCUACAUUACAUACGCCAAGUGUGAGUAUUGCUUUAGGUAGGAAAAUUAUUUUUUAACAAAGCAACAAUUUGAAAACAUGCAGGGCAUUUUCUGUUGAUCAUAACCCUGUGUCUCACAGCUACUUCUUUAUUCUCAGGCUCAGAAUUAUUUGUUUCUAGAGUGGCCCGGAAUCACAAUCUGCUCCUGAAAUAUUUUUUUGCCAAAGCUUCUCAACCUCUGAGUGAGCAGCUUGUACAACAAGCCUUUGGAUAUUUUUUUUUAGUACAAAAUUCUUGAAUUACAUGGGUUAACAAAUGGAAGACUUAUAGAAGUUAUAAGUGAGACAAACUGAAAUUAAAGUAUGUGAGUGCUGCUGAAACAUCUGUGAGCAGUUGUGUGUUUUUAGCUCCUUAACUUGAGAACUUUGAAUGCACAAUUUUCUCAGUUGCUCAACGUUAAAAUAGUUGGCUCCUCGAGAACUGUCUAAAAGAGCAUCUUACCUGAACUAUUGCCAUUUUCCAACCUCAAAAUUUGCAAUUUUCCACUGUGAUUGAAACAUUUACUGCACAGGUUAGCCUUCAUUUCAAGUUCAGUCUAAUAGCAUUGAACAUGUAAUGUUUGUUCUCUUGUGGUUUGGAGGAAAAAAAAAUAAAAGAGAAAGUCUGACUGGAA